CCCUAGACUAUUUCGCCAUCAGUCCGAUCUCACUAUAAGGAACAACCGUCAGUAUGUGAAACGCGUGCCGCGAGGAACGAACUAACCAUAAAGCUUGGAACUUUAGUGAUCGUGUUUUCAACCGAGUCGUUUACAGGGUGAAACUUUCAACGCAAUAACAACAGUUAAAAAGCAAGACUUUAAUAAUUCAAAGAAAUAAUUCCCUUCCAAUUUUUGUCAUUGCAUUUAUGUUACAUGUUUCUUCCUUUACGUUGAAGUAAAUUGAUUUAUGGAAAAAGAGAAAUGUGAAUGUGAUGUGACUCGUAGUUCUAUGUGAAAAAGAAUGUAGUUGUGCUUCGAUUAAUUAAAGUAGGAUUUAAAGUAGUAAUUAAUUAUUAUUUAAUUAUUCAAUUAAAGUAAUAUUAGAUAUAGUAGAAGGAUCUUAAGUUCGAAAAAUUAAACGUGGACUUUCGUUUUGUGGUUAUCGAAGGACGGAUUGUAAUCGAGAAAAAUGCUACUGAAGAAUUGGUGAUUCUGAUUUGAGUGGUACUCGAGUGAAAGAGGCAAGGGUUCGGAGAGCGGAAUACGAAACAGCCGAAAAAAGGCAGCGGCGGAGGAAGCGAGAGAGUUAAAUGAAAGAAGUGGCAGAUAAGGAGACCUCGUGUAUUCCUCGUGUAAAAGGGGAGUAAUACGUCGACCAAGUUGGUCAGUCGACGAAUGUUCGUUGUGCCAGCUAGACUACAAGACUCAACAAGUGUUCUUGUCUCGAAGAAUUGCCGGAAAAUUGCAGUAAAUUAUAAUUGUACAAGUUUCUUUUUAUGGACAAAAUGUGCUUUAGAAUUUCAUAAAAUAAUAUCAAUACUAUAUAUGACAAAUAGUUUUCUUUUUUGUUAAUUCUAAACGACAGUUGUUUUUACUUAGAUAUUUUUGUGAACAAUUAAUGAAGAUCAUAUAAAUAGUCGAGUUACGAUUGGUUGAGCAAAUGAAGGUUAUAGAAUUAGGAUAACAUGUUAUCGUGUACGUCGAAGCUGUUUUGGUAGUGAAGGAUGGAAUAGUGAAAUAAAGUGUGCUACUGAACAACAGGCAUUUGAACUGAAUGCGACCCUUUGUGAAGCGUUAUCGAUAGUGAUUUGAUAUGAAAAGGGAAGGAAGGAGUGAGAAAUUAAAACUACAUAGAUGGCUGAAAAUAUUCUAAAAUAGCUAUCUUCGAGCGAUUAUCUUUUCAAUCACGAUUGCAUUUGCUUAAUCAAGCCAAAAUCGUGAAAGCGAUGAUGCCGAACGAAGGAAUUGACAGGUCGCUAUUACGAUAUUAAUUCAUUUAAAAAUACUUAAUUCUGGAUUUGUAAGACUAUUAGGACAAAUUAAAAAUUAAGAACGAUUCGAGAUUUUCAAUACGUUCGCCGACUGCUUUUCAACAUUACGAAAGCGUUUCUCAAGACCAAGAAGAAAGUGAUUAUCGACGAAUACGAGCGUAUCGUAUCAGAGGAAACGCGUCGACAUUAUUUCCGAGAAAGCGGCGAAAAUCAAUUAUUUUCAAUAAGACAAGGUCGAAGUUCAUCGGACUUUGAUAGUUCGGAGUAGAAGGCGGCUGUCGCAACAAGUUGAAAUCCCGCCUGAGAGACGAAAGGGCUAUAAGAGGAAAUUCUUUCCUCGAGGUCAACGUCUAAAGGAUUCUCUCGUCCCGUUUUUUUGACAUCGCCACAGAGAUGGCAAGAAAAUCGACGAACGAUACGAAUAGAGCGAGUUAACGAAGCUGCUAACUAACGAGCAAAAAGAAGACGAAACGCGUAGAGAGAAUCAUAUUUGAAUGGUUUGCCUCGGAUAAGGAACCCUCGUGCGUUUUAUCGUUCCAGACACUGUCGAGGGCGUCGGAGCAACGACUGUAUCGUCGAAUGCAUAUGCAAAUCGAGAGUGGCACUUGUGUGUCGUUCGAAUAAUAAGAGAUGUUGUGGCUAAUCGGAUCGUUGGAUUUUCAGAUUUCGUUUUCCGUUUCCGAAUUGCUGAAUAAAGGGAUCUUGUCCGUGGAAACGUAACGCUAAGGAGGUACUUUUUAUGGAGUCAAUGGAAACCAUUGGAAAAUUCCUGACUGGUAAAUAUUUGUUUUACGUAUUUUUAUGCAGCGAUGCUGAAAAUAUUGAGUACGACGUAAAUGGAAUCUCGUACAAAAAUUUCCAAGUGCAUAAUUGGAUUAUGAAUUUUAAAGAGAAGAGAAUCGAGACGUUGUGAUUUUACGUGAAGAUACGAUGACUAAUAUUGAUACCGACACCGUGUUCAUUCCAUCUUGCAUUUCACUUAUUGAAAACAUGUCACAACGAAGGAGUAUAUGAACACGAUACAAAAUGGACGAUUCUCUAACAAACGGCACAAUUUUUGAUCUCGAAUCCGGAGAUGGGAGCCUCAAGCAUUUUCCACGAUCAGUUACUAUGGCAGCUGCGAUUUGUGCGAUAAUUUUUAGCAUCGUCGGAGUUGCGGGUAAUUUGGUAACGGUGAUAGCACUGUUAAGAUAUACAAGGCUGAGACGGCAUGCUACGACCGCAUUUGUGAUAAGUCUUAGUAUUUCAGACUUGAUUUUCUCUGCCGUAAAUUUACCAUUAACUGCGAGCAGAUAUUUGAAGGAGGCGUGGGUACUGGGUGAAACCCUAUGCAAAAUAUUUCCGCUCUUCUUUUAUGGGAAUGUAGCAGUGUCUCUGCUUAGUAUGGUGGCGAUUACGAUCAAUCGGUAUAUACUGAUCUCGAGAUCAGAGAUAUACGCUCAAUUAUACACCACGCAACGGAUUAUUCUAAUGCUGAUCGCCAUUUGGACGCUGAGUUUCUCCCUACUUUUGCCACCAUUACUCGGUUUGUGGGGGACACUCGGCUUAGAACCAUCUACAUUUUCCUGUACGAUUCUAAAGAAGAAUGGUGCGAGUCCAAAGAAAUUCUUGUUCGUUCUAGGAUUUGUCGUGCCUUGCGUGGUAAUAAGCGUAUCUUAUCUUUGCAUUUAUUGGCGUGUAAGAAAGAGCAGAAAGAAUCUGGAGGCUCAUACUGGAGCCUCCAGGAGGAAAACUGGAGGAUUUCAACGAAGAGAGGAUUCCAGAGUGACCAGAUUGAUGUUGACCAUAUUUUUGUGUUUCCUUCUGUGUUUCAUGCCACUGAUGCUGGUCAACGUGAUCGAUGACAAAAUAAAAGUCCCGGUUUUCCAUGUGAUAGGUUCUGUACUUGCGUGGGCCUCCUCUGUAAUUAAUCCUUUCAUCUAUGCUGGCACUAACAAGCUGUACAGAGAAGCCUAUAAGCAACUUUUGUGUCCAGUUUCUAGCAAACUACCGACCACUGGACCGAAACCGACGCAUUCUCAUUCGAGUAAAGUAUCGUCACCUCAAGCCACUUAAAAUUCAAUAACUUUAUAUUCCAAUAGACGGUUUAUUGUUGUCUGAAAGACCUUUUUUUAUCUACUUAGGUACUAAUAAAUAUCACGACAUAGGUAUAUUGAAAAUUAUUCGAAAUUUGCGUAAUAAAAAUAUUCUAAAGGUAUUUUCGUGACAUCUAAAUUAUCUAAAACGGUUAAUGGUAAAAGCGAAACAAGUGAAAGAUGUUUAAAAAUUUUAAAGUAGACAGUAAGAAUAGUAGAAUAAGUACUUUGACCAAAGCUGUAUAUUUUAUUAAAAAAGAAGUUUAUGUUUCAAUUAUCUAUAGUGAAACUUCUCUCGAUUAAUUUAUCUUUUGAGGAAUGCGGAUAAACAAAUCCUUGCGAGGAGCAAUAAGUGUACGUAAUUAUUACAAAUAAUUCAGCUUAGUUUUAUUUCGUUGGGCAUUUAUUAGGAUAAAUUUAAAUAAUGAUUUUUGUAACUUAACUUCAUAUUGCAAACAAUUGUAUCUGUACAUUAAUAUUAAUAUUGCUUCUUUAUGCUUAUGUUAAUAACAAAAGUAACAUAAAGAUUGAAAAACAUAAUACAAGUAUUAUACUUGCUAGAUCAAUUGUUGCGAAACUAAUUAGCGUAGUAACGUUAAAUUAUAAUUUUUUCAUUUACAAGAUUUCUGUGUAUGCGAUACUGAGAAGCACAUGUACAAAGCAUAAAAUCUCACACUAAUAUUCUGUGUAAAUAUAUUAUAGGAAAUAAGUUAUGAUAAAUAAUACUAUUUAGAAUGAAAUA